AUAUUGACCAACGUUUGUUACCUAACGGUUUCACUGAACAAACUAAAGACUAAACAAAUCGGUCAAUUAGUUCAUACAAAUGAUUCAGCUUUCACUACUAAGGCUAUCGUGCCUGAUACCUAGCUGCAAUAAAACGUUUCAAAGAGACCGAACAAAACCCGGCGUACAAAGACUUGCCUACGAAACGCAAUUAGUAGAGCAAUCCGCUCACCUAAUAGCCUCACUGGGAACGCUGUGUCACCAAAAAUUUGCAUUGAGCUAAUCCAGAACAGCUUAAGAAAACAAGCUUUAGUAUGAAAAGGUCCAAGGUUGGACGGUGAAAUUGGGAGCAUAGGGCUUAGUAGAUUCCUCUGAGUUGGUCGUUAAAGCGAUUCGCGAUUAUUGCCGAUCGAUUCCGAAGGCAGUGCUCGGUAGGCCCCGCCUCCUGGGAGGGCAGCUGCUUCGGGAGCCGAGCCGACAGAGGCGCCGGCCGCGCGGCGCGUUUGAUCUCCCCCUCCCGGCCCCACGCGCAAACGCAGGCCCCGAUAACGGACGCACACAAACUCAUAACGCUCCGCGCUCUCCCCCAAGCAGGUUGUGCCGAAACCGGUUUACAGACGCAUACAGUGAAGUGCUAAAGACACAGUGCCCUAGUGUUUAGUUUUGUUUGGACGUUUAUUUGUGGAAAUGGAAGAUAAGGUGGACAGUUCUGACGAUUUCCUUAUCGAAGAAGAGGAAGAGCAAAUCGAGGACAAUCACAGCUAUCCUCCAGACUUUCCGAUCGAAGCUUUGGUGAAGCUCGAGCGUCCGUCGCCUCCUCUGCCGACGCCGCCGCAUACGCCCACCGACGACACGCCUCCGGCUGUCGUCAUCUCCCGCCACCAGCCCCCCGUGUGGCCACCCGCUCCUCACUACCCCACCUACCCCCGGCCAGCCAUGCAGACACCCUACCCUUACGAGAAAGCUCCAGUCCCGAAUUACUCGCACCCUGCGAUGUCUGCCUAUGUCCAAGCUCAAGUUGCGACUCUACCGCCGACGGCUCCGUACCACGCCAUGCUAGUCAACCAGUGGAUCAGAAACGCGGCCCUGUAUCAUCAUUCAUUAAGAUACCCGGGAGCGAUGGCCCAGAGAAUGCCAGGAAGAAAUCCGCCCCCGAUGAGGGCUCCCGGUGUGCCCGGCACGCGCCCUAAGAAACAAUUCAUCUGCAAAUAUUGCAACCGCCAGUUCACCAAAUCUUACAAUCUGCUCAUCCACGAAAGGACUCACACCGACGAGAGGCCCUACUCCUGUGACAUCUGUGGAAAGGCUUUCAGAAGACAGGACCAUCUAAGAGAUCAUAGGUACAUUCAUUCUAAGGAGAAGCCGUUCAAAUGCAACGAGUGCGGUAAAGGAUUCUGCCAAUCCCGAACUCUGGCAGUACACAAAAUUUUGCACAUGGAGGAAUCUCCCCACAAAUGCCCAGUUUGCAGCAAGAGCUUCAACCAAAGAUCCAACCUGAAGACCCAUCUGUUGACGCAUAGUGACGCAAAUAAACAUCACUUGGAACACCUCGAGGGAUGCCAGGAGGUGUCAUCCACGAGUCAUCCUGAGAACUCUUUACUCGAUCUCUCUCAGAAACCUUCCCCACCGCUGCAGUCCUACCAACAACAGCCUGAAGUUAGUGCCCAACAAUCACCUGUCGACGCGCCAAAGAAGACAUUAGGAUUUUCUAUAGAAGAUAUCAUGAAGCGCUAAUAUGUCUAAGAAUGUAUUUGUAGCUUUGUUACAAGUAGCUGUACAUUGCUAAUUCAAGAUCUUACGUAGUAUCACUUGCUAGUUACUGAAUUAGAAUUUCUUCAAGUCAAGUGAUUAUUACUUGAUUAGCUGCAUUCUAUUUUUUGCCAAAGAAAUUUAAUUUCGACUGAUUAUUUCCAAUAGACACAUCUGUAAUGAACAUCCUGAGUUAAAUAACCAUGUAAGAUACAAAUACAUUUAGAAAAUAGGUCCUCGUUUCAUCUCUGUAAAGACUGAAAUAUUUGUUUUAGCAAAUAAUUAUUGUUGUUAUGUUUUCUUUAAAGUUUAUUUUAUUGUGAUAGUCUUACUACUUAAUUAGAUUUAAGUACAAACUAAAGUUACCGAAAAGUAUUACCUUUGUUUUAAGUACCUACAUCAUUUAUUCCAAAUUAUGUGGCUAUGACAGUUUUGAGCAUGUUCAAAUUGAUAGACAUAAUGACUGUAGUGUGUUUGAAUAUCUGGUUAGUUGUAAUUUGUACAUUCCUGUAAAUAUACUUGUAAAUUAAUUUAAGGCAUUAUAAGUUAAGUCGACGAGGCUACAUUAAAAAUCUUAAUUAUGAAGAGAAGUACAUGGAGUGGAAAAUUUA